AUGAGUCGCCCACAACGAACGAUUAAGCCGAGAUCGGCAAAUUUGUUUAUCAAAAAUUUGGAUGACGGAAUCGAUAGUAACCGGUUGCGUGAAUUGUUUUCACCCUUCGGAACAAUAACUUCCGCUAAAGUAGAACGGCAGAACGACGGACAAUCAAAGAAGUAUGGAUUUGUUUGUUACGGUGCGGAUUCUGAAGCCGCACUCAAAGCAAUGUGUUACAUGAAUGGACGAAUUAUUGCGGGAAAGCCAAUCUACGUAAAUGUAGCACAGAAGAAAGAACAGCGAAAAAUACUUUUGGCUGCGCAAUUCAGCAAGUCAAGCGAUGUGCCAAAACCAGCGGACGAAGAUGAUGAAAUGCCGACAUCCUAA